AUGGGGUGCUCUUGUUAAAAGAAGGAAGCUCUGGGUUAAAAAACACAGCUUUUUCCAACGGGAGCUGACAUCUUGGAUUAAGUAAAAGAUGUCGAUAAAAAGCUAUUUGGUGUCAUAUUAGAAAUAUUAAGAAAGGACAGAUUUAAAGAUUGCAUUGCAUUUCUAUCAGAUAUAGGGAAUCAGAGCCAAUUAGAAUCUUAAAUCUUAUAACAAGUAGGAAAUUUCACCAAAGGUGAUACAUAAUAGAAAUUGUCUGUUAUAAGAAAAGAUAUGAAAUUAAUUACAGAUGUCUUAAAAAAAUUAAAAGACCAUGACUUUAAUUAAAAAGACUUUUCUUCUGAAUAAAAUGGUGAAUCUACAUUAAGUUUAAUCAAUAGCAUCAAGGAUAAUAUAAGGAUCAUCGAAUUUCUGUAAUUAUUAGUUCACCUCACAUCCAGAGAUGACACUUUAAUUAAAUGUGGAUCUAAUUCAUUACAUUUAUUAGUUUAGAUGAAGGUGGACCUUAGAAACAAAAAUUUUUUAAAUAUUAAGAUCUAAAAUACUUCUUUAGUAGGAGGUAAUUUUGUUAGGUGUAAUUUAAGUGGAUCCUAAUUUGAUAAUGUCAACAUAAGUGGAAUAAAUUUGAAUGGAGCAUUAUUAAUAAAUUGCAAAUGGAAUAACUUAAGAAUGCAUGAAUUAAACAAAUUAAAUGGUCAUAUUGGAUCUGUUUAAUCAGUCUGUUUCUCUCCUGAUGGAAAUACUUUAGCUUCUGGUAGUGGUGAUUUGUCUAUCCGUCUAUGGGAUUUCAAAACAGGAUAAUAAAAAUCCAAAUUAGAUGGUCAUAUUCAUGAUGUCAACUCAGUCUGUUUCUCUCCUGAUGGAAAUACAUUAGCUUCUGGUAGUAAUGACAACUCAAUCCGUCUAUGGGAUGUUAAGAAUAAGAAAAAAAUAGCCAAAUUAGAUGGUCAUACAAGUUAUGUCCACUAGGUGUGUUUCUCUCCUGAUGGAAAUACAUUAGCUUCUGGUAGUAGAGAUAACUCUAUCCGUCUUUGGGAUGUCCAAACAGGAUAAUAAAAAGCCAAAUUAGAUGGUCAUGAUCAUUGGGUAAUGUCAGUCUGUUUCUCUCCUGAUGGAAAUACCUUAGCUUCUGGUAGUUAUGAUAAAUCUAUCCGUCUUUGGGAUGUCAAAACAGGAUAAUAAAAAGCCAAUUUAGAUGAUCAUGAGCAUUAAGUUAUGUCAGUCUGUUUAUCUCCUGAUGGAAAUACAUUAGCGUCUGGUAGUAGAGAUAACUCUAUCCGUCUUUGGGAUGUCCAAACAGGAUAAUAAAAAGCCAAAUUAGAUGGUCAUACUCAUGAUGUCAACUCAGUCUGUUUCUCUCCUGAUGGAAAUACAUUAGCUUCUGUUAGUAAUGACAACUCAAUCCGUCUAUGGGAUGUCAAAACAGGAUAAUAAAAAGCCAAAUUAGAUGGUUUUAAUAAUAGGGUCUACUCAGUCUGUUUCUCUCCUGAUGGAAAUACAUUAGCUUCUGGUAGUGAUGAUAACUCUAUCCGUCUUUGGGAUGUCCAAACAGGAUAAUAAAAAGCCAAAUUAGAUGGUCAUACUCAUACUGUCAACUCAGUCUGUUUCUCUCCUGAUGGAAAUACAUUAGCUUCUGGCAGUGAUGAUAAGUCUCUCCGUCUAUGGGAUAUCAAAACAGGAUAAUAAACAGCCAAAUUAGAUGGUCAUUGUUUUUGGGUCUCAUCUGUUUGUUCCUCUCCUGAUGGAAAUACAUUAGCUUCUGGUAGUUAUGAUAACUCUAUCCGUCUUUGGGAUGUCCAAACAGGAUAAUAAAAAGCCAAAUUAAAUGGUCGUAGUGGAAGUGUCUACUCAGUCUGUUUCUCUCCUGAUGGAAAUACAUUAGCUUUUGGUAGUGAUGAUAACUCUAUCCGUCUUUGGGAUGUCCAAACAGGAUAAUAAAAAGCCAAAUUAGAUGGUCAUACUCAUACUGUCAACUCAGUCUGUUUCUCUCCUGAUGGAAAUACAUUAACUUCUGGCAGUCAUGAUAAGUCUAUCCGUCUCUGGGAUGUUAAGAAUAAGAAAAAAAUAGCCAAAUUAGAUGGUCAUACAAGUUAUGUCCACUCGGUAUGUUUCUCUCCUAAUGGAAAUACAUUAGCUUCUGGUAGUGCUGAUUUGUCUAUCCGUCUUUGGGAUGUCCAAACAGGAUAAUAAAAAGCCAAAUUAGAUGGUCAUACUCAUUAUGUCUACUCAGUCUGUUUCUCUCCUGAUGGAAAUACAUUAGCUUCUGGUAGUGAUGAUAAGUCUAUCCGUCUAUGGGAUGUCAAAACAGGAUAAUAAAAAGCCAAAUUAGAUGGUCAUACUAGUACUGUCUACUCAGUCUGUUUCUCUCCUGAUGGAAAUACAUUAGCUUCUGGUAGUGAUGAUAAGUCUAUCCGUCUAUGGGAUGUCAAAACAGGAUAAUAAAAAGCCAAAUUAGAUGGUCAUACUAGUACUGUCUACUCAGUCUGUUUCUCUCCUGAUGGAAAUACAUUAGCUUCUGGUAGUGAUGAUAAGUCUAUCCGUCUAUGGGAUGUCAAAACAGGAUAAUAAAAAGCCAAAUUAGAUGGUCAUACUAGUACUGUCUACUCAGUCUGUUUCUCUCCUGAUGGAAAUACAUUAGCUUCUGGUAGUGAUGAUAAGUCUAUCCGUCUAUGGGAUGUCAAAACAGGAUAAUAAAAAGCCAAAUUAGAUGGUCAUACUAGUACUGUCUACUCAGUCUGUUUCUCUCCUGAUGGAAAUACAUUAGCUUCUGGUAGUGAUGAUAAGUCUAUCCGUCUAUGGGAUGUCAAAACAGGAUAAUAAAAAGCCAAAUUAGAUGGUCAUACUCAUAAUGUCUACUCAGUCUGUUUCUCUCCUGAUGGAAAUACAUUAGCUUCUGGUAGUUAUGAUAAGUCUAUCCGUCUAUGGGAUGUCAAAACAGGAUAAUAAAAAGCCAAAUUAGAUGGUCAUACUCAUACUGUCAACUCAGUCUGUUUCUCUCCUGAUGGAAAUACAUUAACUUCUGGCAGUCAUGAUAAGUCUAUCCGUCUCUGGGAUGUUAAGAAUAAGAAAAAAAUAGCCAAAUUAGAUGGUCAUACAAGUUAUGUCCACUCGGUAUGUUUCUCUCCUAAUGGAAAUACAUUAGCUUCUGGUAGUGCUGAUUUGUCUAUCCGUCUUUGGGAUGUCCAAACAGGAUAAUAAAAAGCCAAAUUAGAUGGUCAUACUCAUUAUGUCUACUCAGUCGGUUUUUCUCCUGAUGGAAAUACAUUAGCGUCUGGUAGUGUUGAUUAGUCUAUCCGUCUUUGGGAUGUCCAAACAGGAUAAUAAAAAGCCAAGUUAGAUGGUCAUGCUCAUUAUGUCUACUCAGUCGGUUUUUCUCCUGAUGGAAAUACAUUAGCGUCUGGUAGUAGAGAUAACUCUAUCCGUCUUUGGGAUGUCCAAACAAGAUAAUAAAAAGCCAAAUUAGAUGGUCAUACAAGUUAUGUCCACUCGGUUUGUUUCUCACCUGAUAGAAAUACAUUAGCUUCUGUUAGUGAAGAUAAGUCUAUCCGUUUAUGGGAUGCCAAAACAGGAUAGGAAAUAACAUCCUCUGAUAAAAACUACAAAGAUAUUCAUUCAUAAUUGAAGAUUCCACCCCAAUAAAAUACACGUUUAUUUGAAGGUAAUAUUUAUAAUUUUGAUAUUUUGAGUUUCUAAUUGUAUUACAACUCUCCUUAUAUCCCAAAAGGCAAUAUUUCAAGCUACAGGAGCUUUAAUUCUAAAAGGAAAGUUUAUAAAUUAGUCAGGUAUAGAUUUAAAGACAUUGUUUAAAUAAAAAGGAAGUUGCUUUUUAGAAUACUUAAUGUAAAAAUGA